AUCUUUCUGCUGGGAACUGGUCGUGGGAACGCAGCUCGCUUGGCUGGGUUCCUUGCACGUGACUGAGACGAUGGGACUCGGCUGAAAUCCUGCCCAGGUUCUGUUUACUUUUCGAGCACGAGAACAAGAGUUGGUUGAUCUGCAGAAGGUUAGAAUGGUGCUCAGGUUUCCCUGCUGAGCAUCACACCUGUGGAUCUACAAGGCGAGGCUUCUUCAAAGCCUCGCACCGAAAGGGGAAAAACCCCCCCCGAAGACCCUCUGCGCCGAGCAGAUUUGGGGAAAUUGGUCUUUCCGAGUGUUGGGCAAGAUGGCUGCCACCAAAGUGCCCAUCUAUCUAAAGCGAGGGAGCCGACGAGGCAAAAAGGAGAAACUGCGCGACAUUCUCUCGUCCGAGAUGAUCAGCCCUCCCCUGGGAGAUUUCCGGCACACGAUCCACAUCGGGAGUCAGGGAGAGAGCGACAUGUUCGGGGACAUCUCUUUCCUUCAAGGCAAGUUCCAUCUCCUGCCCAGAUCAGAGAAGGUGGACGCCGACGGGAACCGACACUACGUAGUGCCCUUCGAGUUCUCGCGGACUUCGACGCUCUCGGGAUACGAGCCGCUGUCGUUGGACAUCCCUUCGCCGCUGCUCAAGAACGCCAUUUCUCUACCGAUCAUCGGCGGCCUGCAGGCGCUGACCUUACCUUCCGCCCAAGCCCCGCCCAAGCCGCCCCGUCUUCACUUGGAUGACAAAGACCAUGCUGCUCCGCCGACGGAAAUGCACGCUCAACAUCUGGCCAACAACGGUUGGGCUUCCGAAGCCCUUGAGGAAACCAAGCCUCCUGCCCCUCUGAAUGGCUUUGCCGAGGGGGAGAAAAGAGAAGAAUCUUUCUUAUCCCACGCAGGAUCCCUGCUCUCCCUUCAUGUAGAUCUGGGACCCUCUAUUUUGGAUGACGUUCUGGGGGUGAUGGAGAAGCACCAGACUUCGGAAGCGGACAUGCAGGACUCCGGCAGGCAGGAAAUUCUGACAUGAGGAGGGCCUGUCUGCGAAAGGAGUCCUAAAAGCAAGGCAAUUUGUGGAAGGAGGGGUAUUGUUGUUGAGUGGGCUCUGUGAGGUGGAAGUUGGGGAUCUGUGUGUACAUCUGAGGAAAGAUGCAACUUAUGAAGGGGUACCCUUGCUUCCAACCUCUCUAUUAACUAACUUCGAUGCGUCGUGCGUCACAAUUCCCGACGUUGACUUUUGCACCCUGGGGCACCACAAUCUUCUCCUCAACAGCUUUCUUUCCCUCCUCUCCUCCAGCAUAGGUGUGCUGGAGGAGGAAAAGAGGGAGGAGCAUGGGAGAUAGAAUCUGCAGUUCCACCAAACCUGGAAACAUGUUCCUUCUUCAUCACCGAGGAGUGCGAUUUAUGAACAGUACGCUUGUUCCCAGCCUACUAACUUCGACGCAUCCCAACACUCGACGUUGGCGCUUGCAACAACCUUCGGCUAAACUGCUUUUGUUGCCCUCCUCCAGCACAACCGCUGGCCUGCUGGAAGAGCGGGAGGAGGAGCAUGGGAGAUGUAGUCCGUAGUUCCACCAAACCUGGAAACGGGUUCCUUCUUCGUCGCUGCCACACUACACUAAUCCUGCAUUACAAAUUCCUAAUUAUUGACACAUCGGCCUUUACUAAAGGAAGGAGGACAGGUGGGGUGGGGUAAACCAAAAAUGAUAGCAACCAAAAAUUGUGUUGAUCGUACUUUUCUUUUGUGCCACGGGGGUAGGUGGGAAUUAGGUUAAUGUCGGCUCAGUUGCCUAGGGUUGUUAAUCGGCCUUCGAAACACCCCUGCGAAAGAGCCGUAUGAUGCACCAAGAAGGCCAUCUGUGUUGCAAUGCAAACAAAAGUCAGAAUCGGGGCUAAAUUUCGGUGGUUUUUGAUUUUUUUUAAAACAAUGAAGUGUCCUAGCACUCCUCGGGUUUCACAAUGCAGAAAGCCAAAAAAAAAAAAAAAUGUAGCUUGCACAAUUUCUGGCUGUACAGCAUCAGAGAAUGCCGGAACAGAUGCUCCAAAUUUUCCCAGCGUCACAAUUCGUGGCUGCCAAAUUGCGAUAUAUUUUUUGUAUUUUUUUUUUUUUCCUUGACGGGAAAACGAUGCGAUCCCUGGCAAAGCCACAAUUUUCACCAUAUUGUCUGAAUUCAAUGUUAAGUUGAGCCACUUAGCAACGUUAAGAGUUUUCAACUCUUUUUGCAGAAAUGGGAAGGGUGAUUUUUUUUUUUUUUUUUUUUUUGAGAGAGAGAGAGCUUUGCACACCCCAAGUCAGAAAAACACAGGUACGGAUGAGAUGAGACACUAAAACGGACUGUUUUGGGGGGUGUCUCCCCGUUUUCCAUUGAUUUUAUUUAUUUUCCAUUUCUUUAUUUCCACCCUUCCCCAAGAGCCUUGUUUAACAGUUUAUCCGACAUCUGCCUUCCAUGUCCAGGAUAACCUAGAAAGAUUUGUGGAGCGUUGUUUGCAAGAGAAUCACAAAUAAAUCCUUCCUUCGCCCAACAAAGGAACGCUUUGUCCCUUAGUGGGUGUCCUCACGCUCCUUUUAUCCUAGUCCAUCUGUUGUUGUGAAAGCUUGUUUUCGCUCGGAGAUUUUCACAGCAUCUCUCUUGCAUAAGGCUGCCGGUCCCUUUCAAGACGCAGAAAAAGGCAGUGCUUCAGAUUUGAACCCGGUUAUCUCGGGGCCAAGGAAACGGGGGUCUAAAACAGCUCGAAAAUAAUUCAGCAGGGCCUCUUAAAAUCGGACCGGCAGCGAGAUUUAUUGUGAUUUUUGCCGAGGUGCCCAACAAUUGCAAAUUUUGCUCUCAAACCCCAGAAGCAAAAAAAAAUUCUCAUAAUUUGGAAAGGAGAAGCUUCCCUGUAUCCCAUGUUUCGAAAAAGAUAAGAGGAGCAUUGGUGGUUUUAUAAUGUUCCCAAUUAAUUUCUGGGCACCCUGUUCUGUUUUUCAGCCCCUGCUGUUUUUCCUAGGGCAGCUGGUUUAUUGUUCAGCUUAGGGGGAAGGAAAAGAAAAGAUAAAAAGCAGAAAACCGUUGCCAAUCGACACACUCUCUUUUCUUGUCAUCGUGUUAUCCCCCCUUUCAAAGUUAAGUUUUAUUUUUUAAAAAUGAGCAAAAGUGGGGGAGUUUCACAAAUCUGUCCUACCCUUAAGCCGGGAGCCGCUGUAAGAUCGGUUUAGCUUUUGUUAAAAGAGUUUGAAUUGAAUUAUAGUUUAUUUAAUCAUGGAUGAGCCGCAAUUAAGGGCAUAUUGUCCUGUUGUAUUUUGCAAUUUGCAACAGCUGAGUUUGCACAACACAGAGCAGCCAAAAUCGGCUGCAGAUUAGUGCAGUGCGUGAAGGCAACUUUUUUCUUUCCAUCUUGCGUUAAAUAAUCUUGGGGCAGGGAGUUCCACCGUUUAUCUCUGGCUGCCCGCAGAAAUAUUUUCCUUUUGGUCUCCUGAUUUUUUUCCCCCCUUUCAUUCGGCCUCCCUGAAUGACCAAACCAAGCUGUGUAGUUUUUGCAAUAUUUUGGCCUCCAGGCAUUUUAGGUUUUACGCUUUUUGCAUUUGGACGGUUGAGUUAAAAUCCCUUUAACCGGGGUUACUACAAGGAGCAAAAAUCUGCUCUUCUAGUUUGAAUUUUUCUUUGGUCGCCAGUCAUUUUAUACUUGGCCUGCCUAAUGCCUUUGAGUCUCCUUUCUCUGUGUGUCUCGCCUGCCAAAAAUCCUUCUAAAUAAUUAGAUUAUUUGACCUGCUGCACUAGCUUCAACAUCUGGGGGGGGGGCCUGCCUCACCUGCUGAUCGAUGAGCGCUUUAUCGCACCUGGUCCUGCCCACCGUGGUAGACAUUUUGUGAGCGUGCCCACAGGCAGGCUUUUCAAAUGACAAGCUCUAGUUCUAUUUUGAGUCACUUCACUCAUUUUAAUUUACUCCUCUGCACCUUAAUCUUCGCACCACACAUGCAGACUUGGAUAAUUCGCUUCCCAACCCAACCAUAAGCCAAGCUGGAUGUCGCCACAACUCUGCCUUUAAAAAAAAAAAAGUAUUUUUUGUUUUGCAAAUCCUAGGAAAAUUGUCA